AUUGGCUUGCUUAUUAUUAUACAGAUAUGAUGGAGUUUGUCUUUGAUAAAAUCGAAAUCACGGAGGCAGAACGCAUUCCAGCGCAGCAGUCGUUCAAAACAAAUCGAUUGCCUGUUCGCUCUGUCAGUUUGUUCUGAGCAUCAAGUCAUGCUGGUUUAAUUUGCAUCAGGAUGUAAAGUCUUUAUAAUUCGAUGAGCGAUGCUCAACCGUAACAACAACAAUUAUACGCAACGGCGCUUUCACACUAAACCAUUUUACAAUGGUCGUCAUUCCUCCAGUAAUCACACACACCUAGGGGACAAAUGCACGAUUGACCAAUUCAAUAACCAUGUGAUCAACUCGUCGGUUGUAAAUGAUCCCAAAUGGGAUUCAAACUUACCGCUACCAAAUCUUACAUUCCGUGCGGCUGUUAUAGUGGUUAUAAUAUUCGCAUUCAUCUGUUAUGCGAAUAGCAUUCCAGGAACUUUUGUUUUUGAUGAUUUGGAAGCGGUUGUGAACAAUAAAGAUGUGUUACCAGGGUCAUCAUGGUCAAAUGUCUUUCAGAAUGACUUCUGGGGCAAGAAAUUGUAUAAGAAAGAAAGCCACAAAUCAUACCGCCCUCUACCUGUCCUGACAUUCCGUUUCAAUUAUUGGCUGAGUGGUGGACUGAAUCCGCUGGGGUUCCACAUCACUAAUGUCUUACUUCAUAUGCUAGUCUCUGCUAUGUCUCUUCCUGUCUGUUCCAUUCUGUUCGGAGGGGUGCCAGUGUUCGAAUGCAACAGAUGGAGUCAUCCGCGAGCCAGUCUGUUGUGUUCAUUAUUGUUUGCGGUGCAUCCUGUUCAUACUGAAAGUGUUUCUGCAAUUGUGGGUAGAGCUGAUCUUCUUUGUGCUGUCUUGUUCUUCUCAUCAUUUCUUCUUUACGUUUCCUCCUUAAAAAAAGAACCUUGUCAAGAAUUUGGGAGAGUACCUCAAAACUCAUUGCUGCGAAGCAGCCAAUUCAUAUUCUCGACAGCAAUUUGACCUCUGAAAGGUCAUUGUUUGUCAAAAAACAAUCGCC